GAUGACCAGAGACUGCGGACACGGUACAGGGAUGACCAGAGACUGCGGACACGGUACAGGAGAUGACCAGAGACUGCGGACAUGGUACAGGAGAUGACCAGAGACUGCGGACACGGUACAGGAGAUGACCAGAGACUGCGGACACGGUACAGGAGAUGACCAGAGACUGCGGACACGGUGCAGGGAUGACCAGAGACUGCGGACACGGUACAGGGAUGACCAGAGAACUGCGGACACGGUACAGGAGAUGACCAGAGACUGCGGACACGUACAGGGAUGACCAGAGACUGUGGACAGUACAGGAGAUGACCAGAGACUGCGGACAGUACAG